CUGUCUCCGAUUUCUCCUCCCUCCCCGCCCCCCCUCCGCCCCUCGGGCUCGGCUCCUCUCCUCCCCUCCCCCUCCCAGCCAAGAUGUCUGACAUGGAGGAUGAUUUCAUGUGCGACGACGAGGAGGACUACGACCUGGAAUACUCUGAAGAUAGUAACUCGGAACCAAAUGUGGAUUUGGAAAAUCAGUACUAUAAUUCCAAAGCAUUAAAAGAAGAUGACCCAAAAGCAGCAUUAAGCAGCUUCCAAAAGGUUUUGGAACUUGAAGGUGAAAAAGGAGAAUGGGGAUUUAAAGCACUGAAACAAAUGAUUAAGAUUAACUUCAAGUUGACAAACUUUCCAGAAAUGAUGAAUAGAUAUAAACAACUAUUGACCUAUAUUCGAAGUGCAGUCACAAGAAAUUAUUCUGAAAAAUCCAUUAAUUCUAUUCUUGAUUAUAUCUCUACUUCUAAACAGAAUUCUGAUUUUUUAUGUCAGAUGGAUUUACUGCAGGAAUUCUAUGAAACAACCCUGGAAGCUUUGAAAGAUGCUAAGAAUGAUAGGCUGUGGUUUAAAACAAACACAAAGCUUGGCAAGUUAUAUUUAGAACGAGAAGAAUACGGAAAGCUUCAAAAAAUUUUACGACAGUUACAUCAGUCCUGCCAGACUGAUGAUGGAGAAGAUGACCUGAAAAAAGGCACACAGUUAUUAGAAAUAUAUGCUCUGGAAAUUCAGAUGUACACAGCACAGAAAAAUAACAAAAAACUGAAAGCACUCUACGAACAGUCACUUCACAUCAAGUCUGCCAUCCCUCAUCCACUGAUCAUGGGAGUCAUCAGAGAAUGUGGAGGCAAAAUGCACUUGAGAGAAGGUGAAUUUGAAAAGGCACACACUGACUUUUUUGAAGCCUUCAAGAAUUAUGACGAAUCAGGAAGUCCAAGGCGAACUACUUGCUUAAAAUAUCUGGUCCUCGCUAAUAUGCUUAUGAAAUCUGGAAUCAAUCCAUUUGACUCACAGGAGGCCAAGCCGUACAAAAAUGAUCCAGAAAUUCUAGCGAUGACAAAUUUAGUAAGUGCCUAUCAGAAUAAUGACAUCACUGAAUUUGAAAAGAUUCUGAAAACAAAUCAUAGCAACAUCAUGGAUGACCCUUUCAUAAGAGAACACAUUGAAGAACUUUUGCGAAACAUCAGGACACAAGUGCUCAUAAAAUUAAUUAAGCCUUACACAAGAAUACAUAUUCCUUUUAUUUCUAAGGAGCUGAACAUAGAUGUAGCUGACGUGGAAAGCUUACUGGUGCAGUGCAUAUUGGAUAACACUAUUCAUGGCCGAAUUGACCAAGUCAAUCAACUCCUUGAACUGGAUCAUCAGAAGAGAGGUGGUGCACGGUAUACCGCACUAGAUAAAUGGACCAACCAACUAAAUUCCCUCAACCAGGCUGUAGUCAGUAAACUGGCUUAACAGAGAACAAGCUUUUAUAGACGUGCUUAAGACAACAGUGCAGAGAUGUAAUCCUUAAAAGAACUGGGAAAGGCAAAACUACUGUCGGUUGAUGUGUCCUGAAAAUUGUUGGAGUUAUGGCAGAAGUGCUUUUUUGAUCAGCUGGUUUGUGUUUUGCUGCUGCAUUUAUCCCAAGAAAAACAGCUUUAAUCUCCAGAAGAAAACCAAAAUACCAUGGGAUUUAUGCUGUACUGACAUCUUGCCCUAAACACACAACAUCAUAGUAAUUUGUCAUGGGCAACAUGACCAGAGAGAAGAUGUUUGUCAUGAUUUUAAAUACACUGACAUGCUACUGUUGGUUAAAUUUAAACAUGUUUUACCUGCAGAAAUUCUCUCACAAAUAACCUGCAAUAACUUGAAAUGCAUACCCUUUUGAACACUUCCUUUUCUCAUGUAUAAAUGAAAAUGUUUGCUGCAUUUUGCAAAAUGUCAAUUCUCCAGAAAAUGUGUCCGUAUAUUUCUGUACCUGCAGUGUAGUAAAGGUUUAGAUGAAACCCCAUAAUUACAGUGGCAUACUGUCACUUAGGUUUCAAGCAGCAAAAUAAACAGUGCAGCUCAGAAAUUGUAGUUUGGUUCUUGAUGUGUUUUUAUUACUUUUGGGGUUGUUUGUUUUGUGUUUUUAGAACCUUAGAAAUUUGAAAUUACUUUUAUCUUUGGUUAAUAAUAAAAAGCCUGGAAGCACAUACUCUGGUUAUUUGCUUUCAGGUUUUUUGGUUUUGUUUUGUUUUUUUAAGUAGUCUUUAUUGGUAAACUAAGAACUACUUUCUAACAAAAUGCUUGCAUAGUACUAUUUUGACAGUAAUGCUUUAAAGGAAUAAAUUUUUUUUAAAGAAUGAUAUUCCUUUUAGAAAGAAUAGAUUUUUAACUCUCAAAUGUCACUUUAAGCAAAUAUGCCAGAACAUAGACAGCUAAUGAAUGUUACCCUGUGUAGCAACUGUGCUGGAAGGUUGUUUUCUAAUGCCAGCAACCUAUCGUUGCUCAGAGCUUGUUGGGUUUGCAUUCAAAAGUUAAUUAAAUCACAGGCUAUUAGUUUCAUGAUUAAACAUUGUUUAAAAACAACAACAACUGUUGCCCAGCUUAAUGGUUAGCAUUAUUUGGCACACCAAAUGGUAGUUUUCAGAAAUCAAGCCUAACUUUCAGAUAAUGUAGAAAGUAUGCACCUGGCUUUGAAAGCAAUCCCAAAAGAGUUUCGAAGGAAUUGGUUACUAAUAUUGUAGUGGCCUUCCAAGGUGACUACCUUUAAAGGAGGAACUCAGCUCCUUUGAAUGUAUUGAGUUUGAGAUGUAUUUUUUUUUUUAACGUUCACAUUAUUUUAUAGUGUCAAAAGGAAGAACUGAGAUGAACAUAAUUCUUUGGUUUUCCUAUUGCUUGUUAUGUCAGAAAUUGAGUGGCAGUUCAAAAGGAAGACUGUUGUAACAGAAGAGUGACUACCAAGAGCUUUGAGCACUAAAUCAGAUUUUAUAAACAUUGGAAGGAGCAUGGACUUCAUUCAGACAAGGCAUGCCUAUUCAGUUUUGUCAAAUUUUACGAAAAUAUGUGAUAUAUAUUUAUACUAAAACUAUAUAAUCCUUAGACUUAGAGAACAGUUAAUGUCUUUAGCAGAUUAAAAACAGUAUUAAAUUCAGGUAUCAGUUGGAAAUUGUAGAAAACGGAAAGAAAACGCAAGACAAAAUGUCAAUGAUAGGGAAUAAAAAGUUUAAGCUAUUAUAAAAUUAUGUGUAUUUUCUUCUCUUUUGCAUAAAUCAUGUGUGAAAAGUGUGCGAAAAAAAUUUUUUUACAGGAGUGAUACUAGGAUUUAUUUUUCAAUAUAAUUUGGACACGCUUUGUUACCCAAAUAAAAGUGCCAAGUUUCUAUGCCUGUA